AUGGGACAAACACCUCUCUAUCCACACGAUGCGUUUAUCUACGAUGGAGGAGCGGCACCUGCGUCGAUACAACCGGACCUCCCGAUUGUAGACCUGGGCUACGAGCUGCACCAGGCUUUUUCGCUGGAUGAAACAACUCAAACCUACAACUUCUCCAAUAUCCGCUACGCCGCGCCCCCCACCGGCUCCCUCCGCUUCCGGCCACCAGUCCCUCCAGAGCAGAACCGCACCGUCGUACAGAAUGGCGCGCAGGGACGGGUAUGUCCUCAGGGAGCGCUGGUCUGGGAAGAGGAGAUCAUGCCGGGUUUUGUGGAGGGGGUGCUGAAUGGGUCGAUUUCAACGGGGUCAGACGCGAGUGUGCCGAGUUCUGCUGUCGGGGACUAUCCCGUCGUCGGGCCGGCGGGGGACGCGAGGGUAACCGAGGAUUGCUUGUUUCUGGACGUCGUUGUUCCUAGGAGUGUUUUCGAGCGGGCCAGAAAAGAGGAUGAGAAUGACGGAAAUGGUGAGAGUCUCGCUUCAGUCCUGAUUUGGAUCGAUGGGGGCGGGUAUAUCUCUGGAGAUAAGACGGAGCAGGACCCGAGCGGUCUGAUGCAGCGGAGUAUGGUGGACUCAGAGGAGGAUGGGAUUGUCUAUGUUGCGAUCAAUUAUCGGCUAGGUGCUUUUGGGUGGCUGUCCGAUGGCAACGGCACUGCCAACGCGGGUCUUCAGGAUCAACGCCUCGCGCUCGAGUGGGUGAAGAAGUAUAUCGGCCUGUUCGGCGGGAACCCCGACCGCAUCACCCUCAUGGGCGAGUCGGCUGGCGCAGGGUCGAUCGUUCAUCAGCUCGCGGCGUAUGGAGGCAACAGCGCAGAUUCGGACGGCAAGGAUCUCCCCUUCCGCCAGGCCAUCAUCCAGAGUCCCAUGUGGUAUCCCUUGUCGGUGACCCAGCAAACUUCUGCACUGGACGGGUAUCUCAAGUUACUGAACGCCUCAUCCAUCGACGAUGCACGGUCUCUGCCAUCCGACCAGUUGAUCGCUGCCAAUGCAUACCAGAUCGCAACCACACCCGUCUACGGAACCUUCACCUAUGGGCCGGUGAUAGACGGGUCAUUUGUCGGAGACCUACCAAGCAAAAUCUUGCUCGACCCCAACUUCGAAUGGCAGGAUCUCCGUCUCAUGACGGGCCAUACAUCCAACGAAGGCCUCACCUUCACCCCGCCAACCGGAGUCAGCAGCUCGGCAUAUUCGACCAUUCUGCACGACUUUAUCCCGGAUAUAACCCCGGGGACGGCAGAGGACAUCGCCCAGAAAUUCUACCCGCCAAGCUCCAACGCAUCUGCAGCUGACUUGGGCUAUGACGAUGCAUUGGGAAGACUGGCUCUGACGAUCAGCGACGCUUUCUUCAGGUGCAAGAACCUGUACUUGAGCACUGCCUUUGACACCACAUACAGAUACAUCUUCAAUGUGCCUCCGGGAUUGCACUCAGAGGACCUAUACUUCACCUUCUAUGAUCCGGUGCAGCCUGACCCAAGAAUCGUCGAUGUCGACGUUGCUCUAGCCAUACAGGACUAUAUCGUUUCCUUUGUCCAAGCGGGCCAGCCCUCUUCUUCCAACGCCAUUGCGACCGCUUGGAAGCCUUAUCGACUGCAGAGUGGCGUCUUGAAGUUCCAACCAAGCGAUAUAUCGAGUGUGCCGGAUCCGGUUGACAUAGAUCGAUGUCAUAUGUGGUGGAAAGUGACCGGCUGA